CCUCCCCCCGCUCCCAUUGGCGGCGAUGGCGGCGAUCCGCACCGUGCAGGGCUCGGUGGCGCUGGUGACCGGCGGCGGCUCCGGGCUGGGCCGGGCCACGGUGGAGCGGCUGCUGGAGCGGGGGGCGCGGGUGCUGCUGCUGGACCUGCCCUCGUCCGGGGGCGCCGAGCUGGCCCGGGAGCUCGGGGAGAGCUGCGCCUUCAGCCCCGCCGACGUGACCUCUCCUGAGGAGGUGAGCGCGGCGCUGGGCGUGGCCCAGAAGAAGUUUGGCCGCCUGGACCUGGCCGUGAACUGCGCCGGCAUCGGCAUCGCCGUCAAGACCUACAACAGCAAGAAGGACAAAGUGCACGACCUGGAGGACUUCCAGAGGGUCAUCAACGUGAACCUGGUGGGCACCUUCAACGUGAUCCGCCUGAGCGCGCAGCUCAUGAGCCGCAACAAGCCGGACGCCGACGGCCACCGCGGCCUCGUGGUCAACACCGCCAGCGUGGCCGCCUUCGAGGGACAGGUUGGCCAAGCCGCCUACUCGGCCUCCAAGGGCGGCAUCGUGGGCAUGACCCUGCCCAUCGCCCGCGACCUGGCACCGCUGGGCAUCCGCGUGGUCACCAUCGCGCCAGGGCUGUUCUCCACCCCUCUCCUGGCCGGGCUGCCCGAGAAGGUUCGGAAGUUCCUGGGCCAGCAGGUGCCGUUCCCGUCCCGCCUCGGGGACCCCUCGGAAUUCGCUCACCUGGUGCAGGCCCUGGCCGAGAACCCCAUGAUCAACGGCGAGGUGGUGAGGCUGGACGGGGCCCUGAGGAUGCAGCCGUGAGCCCCAAAACCCGGGGGAACCCCAAAAUGUGGGGGAACCCCGAAAAUUUGGGGUGGGAGAGGUGACGGAGAGGACGCUGCGAGGAUCAACGGGGACACUCCAACGCUGUGGGGACAAGGAUUGGGGACACAGUGGGGACACUUUGUCCUGAGGGUCCUGAGGGGACACAACCCCCCUGAGUGGACACUGAGUGGACACAACCCGUCCCAAAAGUGGGAACUCCCAAGGAUUUGGGGACACCAAGGAUUUGGGGACACCAAGGAUUUGGGGACACCCAAGGAUCUGGGGACACCCAAGGAUUUGGGGACACCAAGGAUUUGGGGACACCCAAGGAGGAUUUGGGGACAAACCCCAGGAUUGUGGCCAUGAGGACACUCCAACCCCUGCUCAAGUUUGGGGGGGACCAUCCUGAGUCCCCCCCGGGUUUGGGGACCCCCUGAAGCCCCUCUGAGUGGACAUGAGACCCCCCCCCAAAAGUGGGGACACCCAAAGAUUUGGGGACACCCAAGGAUUUGGGGACAAACCCUAGGAUUGUGGUCAUGAGGACACUCAAAGCCCUGCUCAGGUUUGGGGGGGUCCAUCCUGAGCCCCCCCCUCAAUUUGGGGACCCCCUUGAGUCCCCCCUGAGUGGACACAACCCCCGUAAGUGGGAACUCCCAAGGAUUUGGGGACACCCAAGGAGGAUUUGGGGACAAACCCCAGGAUUGUGACCAUGAGGACGCUCAAAUCCCUGCUCAGGUUUAGGGGGCUCCAUCCUGAGCCCGCCCCCUCAAUUUGGGGACCCCCCCCCAGCCCCUCCCCCACAUCAAUAAAGCGUGUUCGCCCACGCGGCCUCCGAGCCUUGCGAUGCCCCGCC